GGGUUUUGGAGUCCUGGUGGCUUAGCGGUCACGGUUGGGUUGCUAGCCGCAAAGCCUGCAGUUCGAAACCACCUGGUGCUCUGUGGGAGAAAGACGGGGCUUUCUACUCCCGCACGGAGUACCAGUCUCAGAAACCCACAGGGCCAGUACUCCCCGGCCCUUUGGGUCGCAGUGAGUGAGCCCCCCACCGACGUGGGGCGUCCCAAGACAGGUUCUGUAGGUCGGUUUCUGUUUCUUUCCGCAGACGAUGACUUCAGACCGGCCUUUGCACGCCGUGCAGGCGGCGCUGCGGAGGUGCUUCCCGGAGGUGGCGGCGCAGCAGGGCCUGUGGCGGAGCACCCUGCGCGACUGCCAGCCCUUCCUGGCGUCCCUCGGCAACCUGGCCGAGCAGCUGCAGGCCGCCCAGAAUGUGCGGUUGGGCGACGUGCCGGCGCUUCGGGCCUUCCCGGACUUAGCGGAGCGGCUGAGGGACAAGCAGCUGGCUGCCGGGGACACCGCCCUGGACCAGCUCUGGGAGAGACUAGCCACCCUCCUCCAGGUGCGCGACGCGGUCAGCAGCCACGUGGAGCAAGUGUUCCAGGCCUAUGAGCAGCACGCCGCCGCCGCCAGCAUCGAGGCCGUGCUGCAGCCCUCCGCCGUCAGCCCCUCUCUGGCCGACAUGUUGGAAUGGUUGCAAGAUAUCGAGCGACAUUAUCGAAAUUCGUACCUGAAGAGAAAGUUCCUCCUCUCCUCUGUCCAGUGGGGAGACCUGGAAAGCAUCCAAGCUUUGCCUGUGGCCUGGGACCAGAUUUCAGAAGAUGACCAUCAAGAUUUUGUGCAAGACAGCCUGCUGAGCGUGUCCUUCUUCCUGGGAGAGUGAGAGGGCUUGUGUCUCUGGAGGUGAGGCCGAGCCCAGAGGAAGGAAGACUGGCAUUGCUGCAUCCUGCUGGUCCUGAAGGAGUGUGCUGGCACUGGCACACACUUGGAAUAUCAAUCUCUAGAACUAAGGCCUGCCUGGCUCUUGGGAGGACUGGGGUUGGGUGCUUCCGAGGUUGCAGCUUCUCCAGUCCAAGCCAAGACUGGGGGAGCAUGGACCCCCCACCCUCGCCCUCUCCUGAAACCCCCAGGAGUAGAUGGAGGCAGAGCGAAAGCAGGGCAGGCAGUGCUGGAGAAGCCGCCGCCCCGCAGGCGUGGUGGGAAGGAGAGGAUGGACGGUGAGUAGCCGCACUGCAGAAGGGCCUUCACCCUCAGCGUCAUCUGCAGCGUUACUCUGGCUGGCUGACACCAGGCUCGGGUUGCAUCUGUUAGUGUCAGUGCCUGACUCCUUGAAGAAGGACCGAGUAGCUUUGGUGACGAAGAAGCCAGGUAAUGUUGAAAGACAUGUUUUAAAUUUGCAGGGUGGACCAAUUGCAGUCAGUACCUUCGUUUCAGGCCAAUCUUAUAUUCCAGAGCCUGCCACCAGGGGGAGAUGGUGGAGCAUGGAUGACUGAAUACUUUAUAUUCUGGUGCUAAUCCCUUUCUUGCACAAGGGCGGCAGCGUCCAGCACCCACCUAGUUUUUUGCCCCUCCCGUUUGCUCAGAAGCUCCUAUACCCCUGGCAGUAGGCGCUGCCAGUAGGCAGGGGGACCUGUCUGGCUGUUGGACAUGGCAGAAAUAGGCAUGUGCUGGAAUGAUUGGUUUUACAGGGUAUUGUGUGGGGCAUGUGUAAGCAUUGAUUGUGCAACAUGUUUGUCUCCUUUGGCAUUUGUACAGCUAGAUAAGCCUUGUAAAGAUAUUUUUGGACUUCUGUGUGUCAUUUGGAAGUUGUAUUUCUCCAGAUGCUUUCGUGUCUUGCAAAUACCACAUUUUUAGGAAGCGUAUACUGUAUACACCUGUCAAGUGAUCUAGAGGGUGACACAGAGUUCAAAGGGAUAUAUAUGCCCCACCUACUUCUGCCUGAACCCAGAGGGACAUGUGUGUCCCACAUAAACCUACCCCUAGAAUCCAGAGGGACGUGUGUGUCCCACAUAAUAUCAAAAUCUGCAUUACCAGAAGCAAUGGUUCAGUUUGCGUUUCGUUAAUGAAAAGACUUUAUUUAAAGAGAACAUUUAAAAAAUAUUUUAACUUAAGUGAAAUUCUCACUUGUUCACGAAAGGGUUGACCUAGAGUAAGUAACUGGGGUGAAAUUGGGAAAUUACUUUUCUUUCACCCCGUGAUUCUCAACUAAAAUGAGACUCCUCAUUGAGAGGUUUUUUUCCCAAAACUGCCAACUGACUUGCCACAUCCCUGGGCCCUUGAAGUAGCUGCUUGGGUGGGAUGGUGCCAGCCCAGAGCCAGGACGUGAGGCUGGCACAUCUGAGGCUCAGUGCCUCCGUCUGAAAGGGUCCUGGUGCGUGCAGGGUUGGUGCCACAGUCUGGGCCACUGGGUGGAAAGGGACAUCAUAAAGCGUACGCCCAGUCCUCCUUUGCUGACAUGGCUCGGUUCCAGUGACCAGCUGCGUAAGUAAAAACCGGCGUUAUGCAAAAACAGGGGACUUUUUCCCUCCUAUUUUCAGACCAUUCAUUUAUCUGAUGUUUUAAGUUUAGAAAAUAUUAUCGUAGAGGUAAUACCAGCUAAGAUUUACUGGUAUGUCCUCAGAGUGAUGAGUCCAGUUGUGGAUGGUUCCUCUGCAGAGAAGGAGGCUUGCAGGGGACAAGCUGGAAAAAGCCAGGCUUUGGGGGCCUGGAGGGCCUGCAGGUUAACCCCUUCAUUCCCUCCGGUGCCGGGACAGAGCUUGCUGUGCGGAGUGGUCUCCAGGGCUCCAGGCCCACCCGUAAUCCCGGCAGUCAUGAUCCAGGAGCCUGCUCUGGAGGCACGCCCUGCCCGCUGAGCUGCUGGAUUCCGCCAGAGCCUGGCCCCGUGUGGCCCCACUGAGGCACAGACCUCAGGCCCAGUUCAACUCACCUAAGGGCACCACAGAACUGAUGAAUCCUUCCAUAUCCCUGGGCAGAUGCCUCUUUUCCCGCCCUUCCUGCUCCACUGCAAUGUUGAGCUGCAGCGAGACAGACCACAUGGGAACUGGAACCCAGAAGAGGUGCCCGCUGGCUCCGUAUCUCUUCUGCAUCCACCUAAAGACCUGGCCACGGAGGAGGCUGACCCCACAGGGUGGCUGGACGCGAUGCCCUGGGCAGCAGUGGGGUUUGGAGAGCCCAGCUCUGCUACCUGGAGACCACCCAGAGACCCUGGCAGAAGGGGAGACUCCACAAACAAUGCUGCCGUGCCUACCAUCUCAGUACUAUGUAAAAUUUAAGAUAAGGAGCUGAUUGAUAAAUGAACAGUAGGUGUAAAUCCGUUUUUCAAAGUGGUCAAAGCUGGGUUCCCCCCCAUUCCAAAAGUGAUACAUGCUUUAUAAAAUUUUAGGAAAAUAUAAAAGCGCAUACAACAAAAUCAAGUGGAGCUAUUUUGCUAUGUACCUUAUCUGUGUCUAUUCACAAACUUUAAUAAAAACAAUUAUAGUAUCAUUGA